CAUGGCUGCAGGCCGAGACCGCGGGGACUUGGCUGCCCGGCAGCUUGUGUUCCUACUUCCAGGUUAUCCUUCUGCCUACGUGGUGACAAUGCAGCAUCAUUAAGAGAAGCCAGAGGACCAGCUGUGACUGUCUGCUCUGUUUGAUGACCAGAGCACAUCUCUGCUGGAGCCAGCCCCUCUUGGCAUCAGAAUAUUUAAAAGAUGCCUCAGCGAAGAUGAAGAGUGGCCUCCUGUUUGUAAAACUGGCCAGCCCACGCUCAGGGGAAGGAGCCGUUUACUUACUGGAUAUGUGUCUACAUCAGCUGUUUGAAAUCAAAGUUUUCAAGGAAAAACACCGUUCUUGGUUUAUAAAUCAGUCAGUUCAAUCAGGGGGGCUUCUCCACUUUGCAACACCCAUGGAUCCUCUGUUUCUGCUCCUUCACUACCUCAUAAAGGCUGGCAAAGAGGGAAAGUAUCAGCCCUUGGAUCAGGUCGUCGUGGAUGGCAUGUUUCCAGAUUGCGUCUUAUUACUGAGAUUUCCUGAGCUGGAGAAGUCACUUCGGCAUGUGACAGAAGAGAAAGAAGUAAACAGCAAGAAGUACUACAAGUAUAGCUCCGAGAAGACCUUGAAGUGGCUGGUGAAAAAGGUCAACCAAACUGUGGUGGCAUUGAAAGCCAAUGACAUCAGUGUUGGAGCCCGGGUACAGUCAUCUGCGUAUUUCUCUGGUGGUCAGAUUUCCAGGGACAAGGAAGAGGACUAUGUUCGUUAUGCCCAUGGUCUGAUCUCUGAGUACAUCCCUAAAGAAUUAAGUGAUGACUUAUCUAAGUCCUUGAAGCUUCCAGAACCUCCAGCUUCAGUUCCAAACCCUCCAUCAAAGGUUAAGUUUCUGACCGCUGCAGAGUGUUCACCACCUGAUGCAUCUCAGCCCCGCCAGACCACACUCGCCAAGUUCCCAUCCUCACCCACACUGGGAGUCCGAGCUGUGUCCCAGCCUUGCUGGCUGACUCGCAGCACCCUUGUCUCAGAGGAGCAGUCUGGGAGCUGGAGGCCAGGAGAACGGAAGCUGCCUGCUAACACUCCUUCUGCUCCUAAGCCAGAAAUCCUCCAAAGCGGCAACACAGAGGAAGAAAUCUUUCCCCCUCCAUCCUAUAUUCUUUCCCCUGGUGGUGCAACAGCCCCACCUGCCCAACCACUCACUCAGCCUGCCCCUCUUCUGCUGGUCCCAGUGAGAGAGGGACCAGCUCAUGGGACUCGCAGCCAGAGGGGAGAUUACCCUGAGUCUAGCACAGAGAUCCUUCGAGCAGCAGGGGCCCCAGAUAAGGAUAGGAAUCAACCAAAUCGUGACUGGCCCUUCACCAUUAGUGACUUCUAUCGUUGGAAAAUCCUAGUAAAGUGAUUGGUCUCCUUGAAAGUUUAUUUAUAAAUCAUCAACCCACUUGGGAUGACUGCCAGCAGCUAUUAAAAAUUUUUCUGACUGCAGAAGAGAGGGACCUGGUACAGAUCGAGGCCCGGAAAUUGGUUCCCGGCCCCACAGGAGUGCCCACAAAACUUGAGCCACUUAUAGAUGCAGCCUUUCCCCUAAAUCGUCCUGAGUGGGAUUAUAAUACAUAUGAAGGUAAGAGGAACCUCUUGGUCUACCGUCAGGUUCUAUUGGCUGGUCUCAGAGCAGCCACCCACGCUAAUAGGAGUAAAAUCUGGGCUGUAACACAGAGAGCAGAUGAAAGACCAGCAGCAUUCAUGGAGCGCCUCGAGGAGACCAUUAGGAGGUAUACGCUCUACGAUCCCCAGUCCCAGGACAUUGAAGUUGUUUCUAUAAUGAUGAUGACUUUUAUUUUCCAGUCAGCUCCAGACAUUAGAGAAAAAUUGCUAAGCCUAGACUGCUGUAGAGAAAUGAGUGUCUGAGACUUAGUGCUAGUGGCAGAAAAGGUCUAUGAUAAUAGGGUUAGUGUGAAGGAAAGACAAAAAGAGCAGCACAAGAUCCAACAGCCUGCUAGAGUAUGCACUGCCACAGAGGAGUUGGAGGGGCGUGGGAGCCUCUCACGACACCUGACUGCUGGAGAGGAAGACAGAAAACCAAAAUGUAAUAAAGGAAGGCCCCGUGUGGGAAAGAAUCAGUGUGCAUACUGUAAAGAGGAAGGGCACUGGGUUAAAGCAUGCCCUCGAAAGGCAGCAAGGAGAAAUACCAAAGUUUGGAAACAGCGAGACCUGGACAGUGAUUAGAGGAGAUAGGGUUUGGGUCCCCCUCCCCGAGCCCAGGGUAACCCUAAGAGUGGAGGGGAAACCAGUUGACUUUAUGGUGGACAGAAGAGCCCAGAACUCAGUGUUACUGAGGACUGAUGGACCCAUAACAGACAAAAAGACUUGGAUCCAGGAUGCUACUGGUGCCAGACUUUAUUCAUGAACUACUCAAAGAAUGGUAGACUUGGAACCUGGUGAUCCCAGAGUGCCUGUACCCCUUAUAGGCCCGUGAUUAACUGACCAAAAUGAAAGCCUAGAUACAUUUCUCUGAUAAAGGAGCUAAAUUGCCUAAUGAAGAUGGAAAAGCCAUUUGCAUAUUGGUGACAAGUAGUCAGGCAGAAGAGUAGAGGCUACAGCUGGUAGCCAUGGAGCCUUACCCCCAACUAGAGAAAUGGCUUCAGAAGUUCCAUCCUCAUGGGCCGAGACAGGGGAUAUGGGCUGGCUAAGCAUUGCUUCCCUGUAUAUGUAGAAACCAAACCAGGAGCAAACCCAGUCAAGGUCUGCCAGUACUCUAUGCCUCUUGAGGCCAAUAAGGGCAUCACACCCCACAUCAAGAGGUUGCUGGACUUGGGGGUCCUCAGGCCUGUGCAGUCAGCCUGGAAAACACUCUGCUGCCUGUCAAGAAGUCUCACACUAAUGAUUAUAGAAUGAUCCAGGACUUGUGGGAGGUCAACAAGAGGGUAAUUGACAUACACCCCACAGUGCCUAACCCAUACAACUUACUCAUUGCUCCCAGACCAGCAAUAGUAUACUGGUCUGGACCUAAAAGAUACCCCCAAAAGCCAACAGUACUUUGCCUUUGAAUGACAUGACCCAGAGAUUGAGAUCAUUGGCCAGCUGACAUGGACGAGGCUACAACGGGGAUUCAAAAGAAUCCUCGACGAAGCUCUAAAGGAGGACCUGUGUGAGCACCGGGAACAGAAUGCAGAUACCAGUUUGUUGCAGUAUGUUGGUGACCUACUAUUGCAGCCAUAGAUCAAGAGACCUGCCUAAUUGGGACUGAACGACUAUUACAAACUCUGGGAGACCUAGGUACCAUGCCUUGGCCAGGAAAGCCCAAAUCUGCGUGCCGCAGGUAAUGUUCCUGUGGUACAUCUUAAAGGAAGAACAACAAUGGCUUUCAGACACACAGAAAGAGACAGUACUUAAGAUCCCUAUGCCUACUACUGCCAGGCAAGUGAGAGAGUUCUUUCGCUCUGCAAAUUUCUAUUACCCAUGGAUCCCAGACUUUGCAGAACUGGCUAAACCCUUUAUGAAGCCACCAAGGAGGGCUGGGAUUUUACUUGGACUAAGGACCACCAAUUGGCCUUUGACAAACUCAAACAAAGACUACUCUUGGCAUCAGCACUGGGUCUGUCAGAUGUGACCAGACCAUUUCAUCUGUAUGUAGAUGAAAGCAGAGGAAUAGCCAAGGGAGUCCUUACCCAAACAUUGGGCUUCUGGCGACAGCCUGUAGCCUACCUGUCCAAGAAGUUGGACCCUGUGGCAGCUGGAUGGCCACCCUGCCUCCAUAUAAUAGCAACUGUGGUCCAGCUAGUCAAGGACACUUGACAAACUGAUCUUGGGACAAAACCUCACCAUAACCACCCCCGCCACCCAGUCGAUGGCUGGGCAGUGACAGAAUGACUCAUUAUCAAACUCUUGCUAAACCCCGCCAGAAUAACUUGCCGGGUGCCAGGUACCCUCAGCUCUGGAUUCCGAGCUGGAAGCACCACUGCACUACCGUUCAGGAUCCUGGCCCAAGCACACAGCCUUAGGACAGACCUACAGGACACCUAAUGUACAAGACUGCAUGCAGCAGCUUCAUGCAGGACGGCCGAAGGUAUGCGAGGACAGUGGCCACCACUACAGAGUAGGCAAUAUGAGCAGAGUCAAUGCCAACUAGCAGAACUGAUUGCCUUGAGGAAGUGUGAAAGGUUAACAUCUAAACCGACAUCCGGUACACUUUGAUCAUGCCGCAUGUGCAUGGGGCAGUAUGCAAAAGGGGGGGGGUUGUUAACCAAAGAGGGAAAACAUCAAAAAUAAAGAUGAAAUUCUGACCCUUCUAAAAAGGUUGCCCAAGAAACUGGCCAUCAUCCAUUGCCUGGGGCACCACAGAGGAGAUAGACCCAUCCCCAGCAGAAACAACCUGGCAGACAAAAGCACCCGGCAGAUGGUACUCCAUACUAAUGUAGUCUUUGCACAUGUACUGGUAGAUCCAGGCCCGAGUAUCCUGGAUACACUAAGGAAGAUCUAGCCUGAAUCAAGACCCCUAUGAUGCAGUGUCUGGAUGGAUAGUAGAGGGCAGCAGACAGUAAAGUCAUCCUCCCUGAACACCUGGGAAAGAAGCUACUCAACAGGAUUCAUCGAUCUUCUCAUAUGGGAACCCAGAGAAUGCAGGACUUGGUUAGACAAUCAAAAAAUCAAAGACAUACAACAAAAAAUUACUGACAUCGCUACUAGCUAUAAAGCCUGUUAACUCACCAACACUGUAGCCAACCCUAAAAAUCCUGGACUUGACUGAGAUAAGAAGCCUGGGGCCUACUGGGAAGUAGAGUUCACUGAGAUAAAACCUGGCAAGUAUGGUUACAGGCAUCUGCUAGUAUUCAUAGACACUCUUUCCGGAUAGAUUGAAGUCUUUGCAACCAAAUAUAAAGCAGCUCAGGUAGUGGCAAAGAAACUACUCGAAGACAUCCUGCUCAGGUAUGACUUUCCAACCAUGAUAUUGUCAGAUAUUGGGCCACAUUUGGGGUAAAUCAGAAUUUAGUCACCAUCCUGGGGAGCAAUUGGAAACUGCAUUGUGCACACAGACCCCUGAGCUCAGGACAGGUAAAAAGGAUGAACAGAAUGCUAAAAGAGACCCUAACUAAAUUGACCUUAGAGACUGGCACAGACGGGGUGGUUCUCCUUCCCUUUUCCCUAUAUAGAGUUAGAAAUUACUCCUACUAGAAGGGACUAACCCUGUUUGAGAUUAUGUUUGGUACAUCACUUCCCAUUACCCCCAAUCUCCAGGCAAACCUGUUAGCAGAUUUGGCUGGCCAUUAAUCCUUGACACUGUAUGGGGAAUCCAAUGGGCCUACAAGGAGGUCUGACCUAAGUUAAGAGUGCUUUAUGAAUCUGGUGCCCCCUCCCCCACCCCAAUCCCACAGGUUCUGGCCAGGAGAUUGGGUGUAUGUCAAGAGACACCGGACAAAGCCUUUGGAACUCAAGUGGACAGGACCCUAUGUAAUUCUGCUGACCACACUGACUGCACUCAAGGUCCACAGUAUUGCCACUUGGGUCCACUACUUACACGCCAGACCAACAGAUCCUUUCACCUUAAAGGAAGACUAUCAGGGUAAUGGAUGGGAAACGUCAAGGGACUCAAGGAAUCAUCCCCUCAAGCUGUGUGUGAUCUGGCAGCGGCAAUCAUCUGCCUCCUAACUGCAGUGGCGCCACCAGCUCACAAAAGAGUCUGCAUGUACCCUGGAGACUAACAUGGGUGAUCACUUCUAAAAAUGGUGAUCAGACACAUGCAGCCUCAACAGGCCCUGCAAGGCAUCUGGUAGCCCGACCUUGAAGUAGACUUAAUGUGACUUAGCAGCUGGUACUUGGGAUAUUCUGGACCAAGACCUGGGGCAGGUCUUCCCUGUAUGCCGGGGCCAGGGCAACCCCAAGCCCUGUCCCACCUUGGGAAUAAGGGAGUGGGUGAAAAGGAAAUAGACUGCGGUCACCCAUCUCUUUGGAGACACCCGAGGGACAUCCCCAUCUGUGUAUGUCAUGGAGAUGAGAGAGACUGUCCUGAGUCCUACAGAUGUGGAUGGGGGACUGACUUUCUGUAUGAACUGGGGAUGGGAAACAUAUGGUAACUAUUGGGGACCUAGCUCUUUGGACCUCAGCACGGAGACAGGAAAUCACUCUUGACCAGCACUCACCCGGAACUUUUGCAAAGGUUACCCUGGAGUCUACAUGUGAUUCAGCCCAAAUCAGCAUUACUCUAGUCUUCGAGCAUCCAUUGACUUGGACAUAGAGGGACUAGAGAUCUCGCUCUCCCUUUUACAGGAAUCUCUAACCUCCUUAGCUGAAGUAGCUGUGCAGAAUAGGAGAGAUUUAGACUUCAUCUUCCUACAACCGGGAGAUUUGUAUGCAGCUCUGGGAGAGGAAUGCUAGGCCACUUGAGUGUUAAAAAGGAAUCCAUGGCUAAAGUUAGGGGAGGACUGGCUAGAUGGGAAAAGAAUUGCAAGGCCAGCCAGCCAAGGAUGGUUUGAGUCCUGGUUUAAUUCAUCACCCUGGUUCACCACCUUAAUUUUACCCUACUGGGUCUUCUCCUUAUUCUAGUCAUGUUACUCACUUUUGGGCCUUGCACCGUAAACAAAUUGGUAUGGUGUUUUAAAAGAAAAACGGGGGCAGUUCAGCUGGUGAUGAUGUAGACCCAAUAUCAGUCCCUCUCCAGGAGCCCAGGAAAGCUACAGAACUUGAGUCCCGUGAUUGGAACUCAGGAACCUUUCAGAGGGUGGAAUGUGAGACCCUGAGAUUUAAGUGCAACGUGACCUCACAUACUCCAUCUUAAAAGAUGGGACUUCUUUUAAGACAACUGGUGAUCUAGGAUUGACCUCAGUUCCAGAAAUGUGCUGUGAUAGAGAAAUUUAAAACAGACAGCCAAUUAAGGUGUGAGACCAGAAAAAUGAACAAGGUCCAGAUGUCUCUGAAGACAUCCUGCCCUCACAGGUACCUUGUCAGUCAUCUAUGGUUCUCUGUUAGGACUUCACGCUGCAAAACUGACCAAUGGUUUCAGAAAUCCUCUUAUUCUGUACCCUCUUUACCCAAUCCCAAGACAACAAGACGUGUACCCCUUACUUGUGACAUUUUCCCUUUGUAAAAGCUUGUCUUUUUCUGAACUCAGGCUGCAUUCUCUUUUCACCCGCUGCGUCGGUGUGCUGGAGGUUUGUGGUCCGAGUUUAAGCUUGCUAAACAAAGAUUCUCUUGCAUUUAUAUCAGAAAA